GCACUUCAGCGGCCGUGGCUCUCCCUUAAUAACAAAUAGUGUUAAAGUUGCUUCGUGCCUUUUCGCCACAAUGGAUUCAUCAACCACAAAAGAAACAGAGAAGCACUGUGUGCUGUGCUGCCAAGAAGUCGACAUCUUCGCCUUAGGAAAAUGCGACCACCCUGUUUGCUACCGCUGCUCCACCAAAAUGAGGGUGCUGUGCGACCAGAAGUACUGCGCCGUCUGCCGGGAGGAGCUCGACAAGGUGGUGUUUGUGAAAAAACUGGAGGCCUUCUCAUGUCUACCCUACCAGCAGUUCACCUGUGAGAAGAAGCAUGAUAUCUAUUUCAGUGACGAGAAGAUCUAUGCCCAGUACAGGCAUCUGCUGUUGCCGGAGUGCCUCCGCUGUUCAGAGCCUAAAGUCUUCUCAAAGUUCGAGGAGCUGGAGCACCACAUGAGGAAGCAGCACGAGCUCUUCUGUUGCAAGCUCUGCACAAAGCAUCUGAAGAUCUUCUCCCACGAGCGCAAGUGGUACAACCGAAAGGAACUCGCACGCCACCGAGCACAUGGAGACCCGGACGACACGAGCCACAGGGGACACCCGCUCUGCAAGUUCUGCGAUGACCGUUACCUUGAUAACGAUGAGCUGCUUAAACACUUGCGCAGGGACCACUACUUCUGCCAUUUCUGUGAUGCAGACGGUUCCCAGGAAUACUACAGCGAUUAUCAGUACCUGAGUGAGCACUUCAGAGAGAGUCACUAUCUGUGUGAGGAAGGCCGCUGUGCCACAGAACAGUUCACCCACGCAUUCCGCUCUGAGAUCGACUACAAGGCCCACAAGGCCGCAGCGCACAGCAAGAACCGGGCAGAGGCUCGACAGAACCGCCACAUCGACCUACAGUUCAACUACGCCCCGAGACAACAGAGGAGAAAUGAAAGUCUGGUGACAGGUGAGGACUAUGAGGAGGUGCGUCACAAUCGAGGAGGUAGAGGGGGGAGGCCUCACGGGGGACAGAAGAGCUGGAGGUACUCUCGAGAGGAAGAGGACAGGGAGGUGGCAGCUGCUAUGAGGGCAUCCAUGGCAAUGCGCAGACAGGAGGAGAGAGGAGCGGCGCAGGAGAGGAGUGCUCCCAAACACUGCCGGGAGGAGAGGAUGGAGAGGACAGAACCAGAAGAGCCCAGAAACAGGGCCGGACACGCCAAACCACCAAGCAAACCUCCAGUGAGAACAAUGAAGAGCACUCCAGAAGACGACUUCCCAGCUUUAGGGGCCACAGCCGCCACAUCCAUUGUAAAGCCAGCUCCUGCGGCGGUAACGGCAGCCCCCGCAGCUUUAAAGGAAGACGACUUCCCUAGCCUCUCAACUGUUGCUGUCACAUCACCCAUGACCCCAGCUUAUUCUGCCCAACCUAAGAAGACUUCCUCUUUCCAAGAGGAGGAUUUCCCCGCCCUCGUGUCCAAAAUCCGGCCCCUCAAAGCUGCAGCCGGCAGCAGGUCCGCCUGGUCCAACCAUACCGCUGUAGCUAAACCCACCUCUCAUCCCCCUCCUUCCUCCAGACCUUCCCCUCCGGUCUCAUCUGCAUCCUCUGGCCCUCAGCUCCUCUCCUCGUCAACCUCUUCGUCUUCACGCAGGAAAAAGAAAGUGGGGGAGAAUGGGAAAGCGACAUUUACUCGGUCUCCUCCUUCUUCUGACGAUGAGAAAGGAGGACUGACUCAGCAGGAGUUCCGCUCGGUGCCCACCAUGUUGGAUAUCUCCUCUCUGCUCACCGUUAAAGGAGGCAACAGCAAACCCCCUACUGUGACCUCCAACCCUCCAAACCCGACCCCCAACCCUGAACCUCCCACCUCAAAAGCCAGCAAGAAGAAAAAACAGCAGAAGAACACAUCCGCUCCCUCUACGUCUGUGUUUUCAGUGUCAGGGAUAACGCAAACUCUCAGUGCGGCCUCCGUGGAAACGGCAGCACAGAAGGAGAACGUCCCCGAGAAAACUUGGAACAAACCCCUUUCCGGUGCUGUAACAGUGGCACAGACAAGUGGAUUGGCGAACGGCCACCCCGAGAAAUCACCACCCGUUAUUAGUGAGGCAGUUAAGGUAGCCCCUCAUCCCAACACAGACCCCCCUCCUGAGCAGGAGGAAGAGUUCCCUGCUCUCAUGACCAAGAACCCACCACCAGGCUUCAAGAGCUCCUUCCCGAUGAAGGCCUCAGCUCCUGCCCCUUCCUCUGCUAUGCCCCCGCCUCCACCCGGCCUGGGAUUCUCAGCCACUAAACCUCCCCCAGGAUUCACCGGGAUCCCCCUCAACAGCAAUGUGGUGGAGCCUGCUCCUUCGGCAGUGAACCCGCCCCCCAAGGUGUCAAGCAGUGGUUAUUUGGUUCCAGAUGACUUCCAUCAGAGGAACCUAGAGCUGAUCCAGUCUAUUAGAAAGUACCUCCACAACGAUGAGUCAAAGUUCAACGAGUUCAAAAACUAUUCUGCACAGUUCAGACAGGGCGUGAUAUCAGCAGCCCAGUACCACCGCAGCUGUAAGGACCUGCUCGGAGAUGAUUUUAACCGCAUCUUCAACGAGCUGUUGGUGCUUCUGCCGGACACUGGCAAGCAGCAGGAGCUCCUGACUGCCCACGGAGACUGUAAGGCGAUGGAGAAGCAGUCAGGCGCUGGAGGAGGAAAGAAAAACAAGAACAAGAAGAACGCCUGGCAGAUGCCGACCACAGUGGCUAACACAGCCAUCGAGCUGGACUGCCAGGUGUGUCCCACUUGCAGACAGGUACUGGCCCCCAAAGACUUCAACUCCCACAAGACCCUGCACAUCAGGGAGAGCGAAGAGUUCCCUUCCUUGCAGUCAAUUAGCCGUAUCAUCACCUAGCCCCUCGUUUUCCCUCUGCUCCAUUUACCAUGAUUGGGCACAUUUUCAGUUGCCCCCGCAGCCCCGUCAAAGCCCUGCAGCAGCCAGUGCAGAAAACAGCAGCCUGUUUCCUGUGUGACCACGUCCCAGUGGAGUUUGGGGCUUAUACCUCAUCAUGAAUUGGAAUUUAAGUUGGUUUAUGGUGCUUGUACUUUCUGCAGGAGUCAUGUUUGGUUGGUUGCCCCAUUUCGACACCAUUUCCACUGACAUCCUCUGAGGACGUCUCCAGCUGGCACUGGCACUGGCGACAUCCAACCGCAACUGUCAGUUUAUUUAAUGAAAGAAUGGAGACAAGCUGAGGCUUAACUUGAAUGCAAUGCUCCUGAAUACAAAAAAAUGUAUUGAUUUGCAUUUUUUUACUUUGCUUUGUGUUUUCACUUUAACAGAAGAUGACAAAAUGUAUUUUGUUAACAUCACAGUUGAUGAAACAUGUGUGAUUCCCCAGUGGGGCUGCUUGGUUUAAUGAUAUAAUAAACACAACAUGUUUGGUUCAACUAUUCAGCACCAUAUUUAUUUAAGUGUAGUAUUACACGCUACUUUUAACUCUUUGUUGCUUCAUGCAGAAUAAUGUCUGACACAAAGAGCUGCGUUGGGAGUCAGAACAAAUUUUGGGUCAUAUUUGUUUUUGGUUUUUUUUAUUCCUUUUACAUCACUGACUGUUAGAUGUGGUUGAUUUGGUGGCUGAUGGAUUGGUUAAUCAGUGCCAUGAUGUGAAACAGGUUACAUCCGCUACACAAUCUGUUCAUCAUCUCUCUCAGGACCCACCGCUGCCCACCUGGGUGUGCGGCCGUCUUGUGUGUGUGUGUGUGUCUUAAUGAGCACAUUGAGUGUGUCGACACAUCAUACAGCAUCUUACUCCU